GAAGAUUCCUUUGCAUACACAUGCAAAGCACCACGACCAUCUUCUCGAAGUACCACCGCUCGUCAGCUUCAGCUACACUCGACCUGUCACCUUUUUACAAGCAAAGAGUCGUACAUUUACAAGAUGCCGCUACAACAAAACACGUUUGUUGUGGUGCCCAACCCUGUCACUUUCCAGCAAGCGCUCGCUAUGGACGGUCCGGAGUCCAAACCUCCAAUGACCACCAAGCAAGCUCAGAAGGCCUAUCGGGAAGCCAAUAGGCUGCCCAAAAUGACGAAAGCCGAAAGGCUACGUCGGGAACGAGCCGAGCGAGAGCGCGAGCGGAAGGAGGAGGAGAAACUGAAGGCCUCGAAGAGAGCCAAAGUUCUCCGUGACAGGAAGAAGGAGAGGGAGUUGGAGCUGGCGGAAGAGAGGAGGCGGCAGGGUUUACCUCUCGUUCGCGUGAGGCCGAGCCAGGCCACGCUCUCGACCUUUUUCAAGGGCAACGGGGUUUCGCGAAAGCGAGACUCUGACGCCUACCAAGCUGAUCGGCCGGCGAUGAUGGAGGUAGAAAACAAGGAGAAUCUGACUCCUGUUGGAAGCCCUUCCGAGUCGGCCUCGAUCAAGAGACAGCGUUUGGGGGAGACUCAAAGCCAGCAAGAUUUCUUGCAGCGCGACGAGCUUGCAGCAGCUUUCCUGCACCCAUCCAACUCUCCGGAGGAGCUUCUUGAGGCUCUUAUCGAUGACUUUCCGACCGCCUCCCAGGCGGCUCGGGAGUUGGAAGAGCCGCGGGUGGAGACCACGGAGCCGUCGUCACCGGUUCGCAGAGGUCCACCGGCAUUCAUGAAGUCCUCUCCUUUGCACCGAUCGGUGUUGAAGCAGGCCCUUGCGAGCAGCCAGAGAAAUCUGGCACCGCCGCUAGACGCCCUGCCAGACCCGGUCGUCGAUGACGACACCGGGUAUGUUCGUCCUAUCACUUCCCAAGAUUUGGUGUUCUCGAGUCAGGAGGUUUGGGAUCCUGAAUUCGAGGACGAUGAGCCGAUCUUGGUGCAAGAUGGACAGAAGCAACCGGACGUCGUCAGCGACCCUAUCAAUGACAGUUCCCCGCAUGUUCCCACGGGGAGGGUUUCAUUGCCCAACCGGGCGAUGGCUGAUCAGAUCAGUUCGGAACCGGUUGGGGAGCCGUCCGCGCGAGUUGGAAGACAGACAGAAGAUACGCUGGACGGUUUUACGUACAGUCAGUUCUUCACGUCGUCCUUCAACUCUGCGGACGAGGGGGUUGGGCAGCCCCAGCCUCUCAACUCGCCACCUUGCGAGCCAGAACCUCCCAAGCGGUCUCGGUCACCCCAACGGCCCUUUGGAUCCAGCGGGAACGGGAUCGCUAUCCUUACGGCUAGGGCUGCAGAGCUCCAAGCCGAGAAGGAAGCGGAGGAAGAACGGCGAAAGCAGGCGGCGCUGGAGCGCGAGCGGCAGCGGCGUCUUCAGAACUUCAUGGAGCGUUCGAGGGAGGAGGAGCGGCUGUUUGCUCAGCAGGCGGCUGCUACCACCGAACUCUUCACGUCACAGCACGGCGGGACACGAAAUGGGGAUAGCAUGGCACCGCUGAGCCAAGAGUCAGACUACGGGGCUGACUGGACGCUCGAUAACAUCGAGCUGAUGGACAGCUUGGUGGCUCCGGUGGAGGCUGGGUCGCAAGACUCCGAUGAAUAUGGACCAGCUUGGACGCUCGAUAACGUCGAGUUGUUGGAGGCCCAGGUCCGCGGUAACGCUUAG